CCUUCUCUCCUCCUCCUCCUCCUGGGCUCUUUCUGUCACAUACAUUCCUGCCUCUUGAGUCAGGCCUCGGAGGCUGCAGGAAGCGCUAGGCCCGAGCCAUGUAGGAAGAAGGGCGAGCGAAGGAAGGAAGGAGGAGGAGGAGGAGAGCCAUGGGGGACUCGGCCGAGGAGGAGACCGUGGAGCUGCCCCUCACCGACGCAAAUUUGACGGGUCAUGAGGAGAAAGUUGGCAUGGAGAACUUCGAACUGCUCAAAGUCCUGGGCACUGGAGCUUACGGAAAGGUGUUCCUUGUGCGGAAGCUCAGCGGCCACGAUGUCAACAAGCUGUAUGCCAUGAAAGUAUUGCGGAAAGCAGCCAUUGUGGCCAAGGCCAAGACAACAGAGCACACACGCACAGAGCGGACGGUGCUAGAACAUGUCCGCCAGUCACCCUUCCUGGUGACACUCCACUACGCCUUCCAGACGGACUCCAAACUCCACCUCAUCCUAGACUAUGUGAGUGGUGGGGAACUAUUCACCCACUUGUACCAACGAGACCACUUCUCUGAGGAUGAGGUGAAAUUUUAUAGUGGAGAGAUAAUUUUGGCACUUGAACAUCUGCACAAGCUUGGCAUCAUCUACCGUGAUGUGAAGCUGGAAAACAUCUUACUGGACAGUGAGGGCCACGUGGUGCUCACAGACUUCGGGCUGAGCAAGGAAUUCGUAACUGAGGAUAAAGAACGGACCUUCUCCUUCUGCGGCACCAUCGAGUACAUGGCCCCAGAGAUUGUACGGAGCAAAAGUGGUCAUGGCAAGUCUGUGGACUGGUGGAGCUUGGGAAUCCUGAUGUUUGAGCUGCUGACAGGCGCUUCACCCUUCACAUUGGAGGGCGAAAAGAACUCACAGGCUGAGGUUUCCAGGCGGAUUCUGAAAUGCAACCCUCCAUUCCCAUCAGUCAUUGGUCCUGUGGCCCGUGAUCUGCUCCAGAAGCUGCUCUGCAAGGACCCCAAGAAGCGUUUGGGCUCGGGGCCCACUGGAGCGCAAGAGAUCAAAGAGCACCCCUUCUUCAGGGGUCUGGACUGGACAGAGCUAGCUGCACGCCGAAUGAAGCCUCCCUUCAAGCCCCUUAUCCGUAGUGAGCUGGAUGUUCGAAACUUCGCAGAGGAGUUCACCAGCUUGGAGCCCAUCUACUCACCUGCUGGGACCCCUCCCAGCCUUGAUCGUGUCUUCCAGGGGUAUUCCUUCAUUGCUCCUUCCAUCCUCUUCAACCGCAAUGCUGUGACAGCUGAUGUCCUCGGGGCAGCGCUGGAUGGGGAGCGCCCAGGAAGCUCUGCUGUGGCCCGUAGCGCCAUGAUGAAGGAUUCUUCAUUCUUCCAAAAGUAUGAGAUGGACUUGAAGGAGCCACCACUUGGUGAGGGAAGCUUCUCUUUAUGCCGUCGCUGUCGGCAGCGCCAAAAUGGAGCAGAAUUUGCUGUCAAGAUUAUCAGCAAAAGAAUGGAAGUGAACACACAGCGUGAAGUGGCUGCCUUGCAAAUCUGUGAAGCCCACCCAAACAUUGUCAAGUUACAUGAUGUCCAUCAUGACCAGUACCAUACAUAUCUGGUGAUGGAAUUGCUCCGAGGAGGGGAACUCUUUGACCGCAUCAAGAAGAAGCAGCACUUUAGCGAGUCGGAAGCCAGCCAGAUUAUGCGCAGCCUGGUUUCUGCUGUCAGUUUCAUGCAUGAUGCAGGGGUUGUUCACCGUGACCUUAAGCCUGAGAACAUCCUAUAUGCGGACGAAUCGGAAGGAGCCCCUGUGAAGGUGAUUGACUUUGGCUUUGCCCGCCUGCGACCUCAGAACUCUCAGCCCAUGCAGACACCCUGUUUCACUCUGCAGUAUGCCGCGCCUGAGCUCUUGCAGGACGGGGGCUAUGAUGAGUCGUGUGACCUCUGGAGCCUUGGGGUUAUCUUGUAUACAAUGCUCUCUGGACAGGUCCCCUUCCACAGCAGCCAGGAAGGGAGCGCUGCAAACCAUGCAGCAGAAAUCAUGCACAAGAUCAAGGAAGGUCGGUUUUCCCUGGAGGGCGAGGCCUGGAAGAAUGUGUCUGAAGAGGCCAAGGAGCUGGUUAGAGGUCUCCUCACAGUGGACCCUGCCAAGCGGCUGAAGAUCUCCAGCUUGCGCUACAGCGAGUGGCUCCUAGAUGGAAGUGCCCUCUCUUCCACCCCCCUCAUGACUCCAGACAUUCUGGAGAGCUCAGGGCCCGCUGUGCGAACUGGCGUCAACGUUGCCUUUAUGGCCUUUAACAAGGGCAAACGUGAAGGCUUUUUCCUGAAGAGUGUCGAGAACGCCCCCCUUGCCAAGCGGCGCAAGCUCAAAAUGUCGAGCACUGGCGCUGAAGCCCGUCGCAGCAGCAGCACUUCCUCUUCCUCCUCCUCAGGCUCCUCCUCCGCAGCCUCGUCCCGUCCCCACAAAGCCAAGGCACCCACAAUUCGCCAUGACCCCCCAUCAUAACAAGAGUCGGAAAGGAUCCGCAGGCUGAAGGGCAGAUGGGAAGUGGGUAUUUAUUGUCUAUGUUGCUGUUGGGGGGAUGAUGUCUCCUCCAUAUAUCGCCCCCCCCCCUUUCCAGUCCCACCAUAUUCAUUCAUAGUGGGGUCUGUUUUCUUGUUAAAACUGGCAAAAGUCUGUAUGGAGGAAACAUUGUAAGCACAAGCUUAGGAGGCAUAUAGGAUGGUUUCUCAAGAUCCUGCAGGAUUCUUAAGAUUCUGAUUUUGCCACAGGAAGAAACAGGGAACCAUAGGGCAAUCCUUCAGGGGAUGGCUCACUUUAAAAAUGCCAAAUCAGUGUCCAUUUCUGAUGGUCAUUGGGCAUAAUGGACAUCAUUGUGUGGGGAGGGGAAAAUCAGUGUAUUUUAAAGACUUUGAGCAUCCCCCAAGGUGCUGGGGUUUGCUGCCCCUUCAGCAAGAGGGCUGGUCCCUUAUCCCAGGUCAGGGGACAGACUUGCUACUAAGAUGUCCGACAAAAAUAGCGCUGGGUGGGAGGGAAAUUAUUUCAAUUUUCAUAAAUAGUGGCGGUGCAUAUGCUUUUGUGCCCAAAACAAACCCGGUGAGGAGGUGGAUGUGAAAAUUUCCUCCUAUGGAGUACCCACCUCCCCAUUUAAAUUGCCCCACUCCUUAUGUAGUGUAGAAAUUUGUAUCAGGCAAAGCUUUCUCUGACAAACAUGUAAGACCUUUCCACACCUCAGACUAUUGUCAAAGGUAUAAAAAGUGGCCAAAAAAUCCUUAAUAUCUUUCAGACGGACAGGUCUAAAAGCUGCAUUCUCAAGUGAUGAAGAACAUCAUUUGCUUAAUAUAGGAUGCCCCCAGUCUGCUCCCAUGUUUAGGAGAAAGAAGGGUUAACAAGCCAAAUAGAAACCUCGGUAGAAAAGGGCCAUUUACUAAGUAAUACCCCUAAAUCAUCGAUUACACGAUCACAGACUUGGGAAGGCUUUUGAAACUUCCCUUAUUUCUUGAUAUGCAGGGCAAAGAGUCUUUGGUUUUUUUACCUUACAACGCAGUAGAAUUUACUCUGCUGGAAGAAAUUGUGUCAGUUUGAGACAUCCCAAAAAAAAGCAGGGGACAGGAAUGUCCAGGGGAGGGAGAGAAUAUAUUUUUAAGAAAUAAGAGAAAUAGCUUAUGGUUUUUUAAAAAUAAAAUAUUGAAGAUAUAUGGGGUAAAGGGGGUAAUACUUAUUACGUCGACUUAGAGAUCCUGCCCACUUUCUCUCUAUAUAAAAUGAGAUGGAAAUGGGGAUUUCAAUAAAGAGAGCCAGCACUUUAUAGUGGUGCAAGUGUUGGACUCGGGACUCUUGAAGACCCAGGUUCAAAUCCCUACACAACAGUAGAAACUGACCUUGGGCAAGUCAUAAUCUCUCAGCCUCAGAGGAAGCAAUAGCAUAAAACACCUCUGAACAAAUUUUGCCAAGAAAACCCUGCGACAGGGUUGCCAUAAAUCAGAAACAACUUGAAGGCACACAACAAUUUCAAGGUUUUUUUUAAUUGCACCUGAACAAAGGUUUAAUCUAAAAGUAGUAUUUUGUAGCACACAAAAAAGGAACAACUUUGAAACUUCAAAUUCUGCUCAGGAAUCUGGAUACAUUAAAACUACAUGAAACAGUAGCUUUGAUUUUAGUCCUUAACUUUCAACCGUUUCAGAGAAACUGCAUUUUCAAAAUUGAGAUUAUUUUAGCUGUUAAGAUUUACAGCAUCAGUGGCUACAUAACUGAACAUGUAUCUUGUACCGCGACAUUAAUUCUGGUCAGUUUUAAAUCACACCAAAAAGGUUGUGUUUAAAUGGUUAGAGUGUCCAAAGAUGAUGAUGAUGAUGAUGAUGCAUUAUUUUUAAAAGGGUAUUUUAAAAACUUUUUUUGCCCAGCAAUGUAUUGUUUUAUUUAAGAUGGGAUGUAACAUUUGAAUGCAGAAGUGGAAUAUAUGUUAGUGAGUAGAGGAACAAGCCAGAGGAUGUGGGCACAUUUUCAUUCUGGACCAUUUAAUCCAGAAUAAAUGUGUUAUAGUAAACGUUUAGUGUUUUGGAAAAGGGCCUGCGUGAACGGAGAAAGUGGGAAGGAUAUAUUUAGUCACUUUAAUGGGGUGUGCAAUUAGAAAUAUAAACUACCUGGAAAUUUAGAAAACACCUCAAAGGGGAGUGGAAAUUGGAAGAAUUUAUUUCAUACAUUCCCAGCCAGUAUCCACUCAAAACCAUUUUAGGUUUGUAGUGUACCAGUUGUAUUAAUCCAUUUGAAUUAUUCCAGCAAUCGGCAUUAUUCAUCCAGAACUGCUGAAUAUUUAUUUUCUCCCACACUGGAUAUACUGGAUAUGUUAAAAUCCAUCUUAGAAAAAUGAUUUCACUGAAACCCCCCCUCCCUCACCAAUGUGCACCUGGUCUUGGGAGAGUAAAUCUACUGGCAAUGUUUAAAAAUCUAAACCUUUCCCUUCCUGGACACAAGAAGGUGUGUUCUAUUUUUCCAGAGAUGAAUUAGGACUUUCCUCUCUUGCUCCCAAAUGCUUCCUGCAGAUUGGAGGAAGUUAUUGGGGGGAAAGAAAGCAAAUAGGUUCAUUUAAGUGACAGAAUUAUUGCCCAGGGAGCUCUUCUGACCCCAGACACACUGUCUAUUUAAUCUGUUCCUCCUCAAAGGAAUUCUGAAAUGCAUAGGAAAUAUUGGAACAGGGUGCCUCAGUACCCCUCCAAAUUGACAUCUCCCCUUGGAAGGAUGGCAUGAGAGUUAGGUCCCAUUUCAAAACAGAAUGUAGCAGAAAAAUGUGACCCAAGAAGACUUGCCAGCUGCUCCCCUCCCUUCGGUUUUUGCACUUGGCAGCUGUUUUAUUUGGGGAGAAGUGCCCCUUUCCCUGGGGCAAGUGUGCGUGUGCGUGUAUAUACAUGUGUGUCUUAACUGCCAUAUCCUCUCCCCUUCUCUGCUAAAGAGCUGGCAGAGGAUUGUUGGGUGGAGUGUACUCUUUUUAAGUCUUUCUCUAAGCAGCACAAACAGCCAAGAACAGCCAUCCAGGGCUUCUUGUCCAUGCAACCAAACCAUGUGUAUUUUUUAUUUUGAAAUAAAAAUCACCUCUGAAGCCCUUA